ACAGGAACAAAAUGGCUGCAACGGGCGACGACGCCGCAGCAAUGGACAGCAUCUCCAGGGCUCCGGCGGCCCAAUUAGCGGCUCUGAACGCGGCUGCAAGUACCAGCAGCCCCGCUGGAGCAGAAGGCCCUGAGGACGUGGCGGAGAGCCCGGUGGUUGUUCUCAAGAAGCCCAGCACGAACAGUGAUGGUGGAGUGGAGACAGCAGAGGAGGCUGUGGAGCCUGCAGAGCCUGAUAUCAAUGAGUUGUGUACUGAUAUGUUUGAAAAGAUGGCCAUCUUCCUGCAAGGAGAGCUAACAGGAACUUGUGAGGAUUACCGUCUGUUGGAGAACAUGAACAAGCUUACCAGUCUGAAGUACAUGGAAAUGAAGGACAUCAGCAUCAACAUCAGCCGCAACCUGCAGGAUCUCAACAACAAAUAUGCAAGCUUACAACCCUACUUGGACCAGAUAAACCAGAUUGAGGAGCAAGUGUCUUCACUGGAACAGGCUGCUUACAAACUGGAUGCGUACUCCAAGAAACUGGAGGCCAGAUUCAAAAAACUGGAGAAGCGAUGAGGAUGUAGAAGAGGCAGACUGGAGAGUCAACGGUGCCUUCUCACCUUCUUAACCCUGCCUCGCCUUCUCCUCUCCCUGCCAGCGGAGCCAGGGGCUGCGGGGAGGAUGUGAACUGAGACUGAAACAACAAACAGUCAGAGCCACACUGACACCUAGAAUGGGCCCAUGAGGAAGCAGCUGAAAGCACAUGAAUUAGUCCUGCAGUGCUUGGCUUAGAUUUAACUCUAGUGUCACUGAUUUUGGCAGCGGUCGUGCAGCCAACAUCAACAAGAGUGUGUGGUCUGCACCCACAGGAAUAUGUCUGCCUAAUUACUAGCAUAUCUUAAUUAAGUGGUGGAAUCAGAAUUUACUAAUUUACUACUAAACACAGCAGAUUGGCAGAGACUUGCACCUCUAGAUAAAGAUAAUGUAGCUAUUUACAUAAUGAAGCAUGAUUUUAGAUGUGUUUUUAAAUGAAGUCCCAGCUUUCUUGUUCUGACCACUUCAGGCAGCCAAUAUCCUGACAGAUAUUAACUAAGUAAAAGUGGCCUGACAUGUAUAUUUGGAUUCUUUAUGAUUACAUAUUUAUUAAUCCUGGCUGCAAACUGGUUAACUUCAACGCUAAAUCCAAAUGUUCACCCUCCAGACUUGCAGACUGAGCCCUCAAGGACCUGAGACAGCAAGAUGCUGAUAGACAGUCUGUUUUAUUUCUGCUCUUGCUGCAGAGACACUCGAGCACAACGAUCAUCUACACUAGAUACAAAUCCCCUUUAUACAUUUGUGAGUGAAGAGAGUGCUAUUCAUACAUUGCCGAAUGUGCAACCAAAUACAGAACUGUUUGUAAAUAAGGACCAGACUGACUCAAUAAAGUGUGUAUUACUUACAUUGGAGGA